AUGUUACUCACAAGAGAAUUAUCUCGGAUUUCCAGAGGCGGUUUCAAUAGAUUUAGAUGGCUAUUAUCCUUGCCCGCUGAGCAGCAGCAGCAUCACCGACAUCACUUGUUUUCCCCUACAAAUUCCUCUAUCUUCCCCGCCCCCCUUGAUGCUUCCCAACAGGUUUUGGGUAGGAGAGCAAUUUAUUAUUGGGUGUCUAAUGCUGUGAAGAGUAUCGGUCAGCAGGUUCAUCACCAAAGCAGUGCUGUAGCCGAGGAGCAAUUGGAUCCAUUUUCACUUGUUGCUGAUGAAUUAUCACUUGUGGCAAACAAGCUGAGGGCAAUGGUAAUAGCAGAGGUGCCAAAGCUUGCUUCAGCUGCUGAGUAUUUCUUUAGAAUGGGGGUGGAAGGAAAGAGACUUCGACCUACGGUUGUGUUGUUGAUGGCAACAGCAUUAAAUGCUCCGGUACCAAGAUCACCAUCUGAGGUAGCUGUUGACUUUUCAUCCAAAGAAGUACGCACAAGACAGCAGUGCAUAGCUGAGAUCACUGAGAUGAUCCAUGUUGCUAGUCUACUUCAUGAUGAUGUAUUGGAUGAUGCUGACACAAGGCGUGGGAUUGGUUCAUUGAACUUUGUAAUGGGAAAUAAGUUAGCUGUAUUGGCUGGAGACUUUCUGCUUUCCAGAGCUUGUGUAGCACUAGCCUCUUUGAAGAACACAGAGGUUGUCUCAUUGCUAGCAACAGUUGUCGAGCACCUUGUUACUGGGGAAACAAUGCAAAUGACAACUAGUGCUGAUCAACGUUGUAGCAUGGAGUAUUAUAUGCAGAAGACAUAUUAUAAGACUGCAUCACUGAUUUCAAAUAGUUGUAAAGCUAUUGCCCUUCUGGCUGGCCAAACUGCAGAAGUUUCUAUGAUGGCAUUUGAGUACGGAAAAAAUCUGGGACUGGCUUUUCAAUUAAUAGAUGAUGUUCUGGAUUUCACUGGCACAUCAGCUACUCUUGGGAAGGGAUCAUUAUCUGACAUUCGUCAUGGAAUUGUAACUGCUCCAAUAUUGUUUGCAAUGGAGGAAUACCCUCAGCUGCGUGACGUUGUUGAUCAGGGAUUUGAUGACCCUAGGAACGUGGAUCUUGCACUGGAGUACCUUGGCAAGAGUCGAGGCAUACAACGAACGAGAGAGCUGGCAACAAAGCACGCCAACCUUGCAUCAGAUGCAAUCGAUUCUCUUCCAGAGAGCGAUGACGAAGAUGUUCAAAGGUCAAGACGUGCGCUAGUAGAACUGACUCAAAGAGUCAUCACGAGAACGAAAUAGACAGGCAAUAUCAGGUUCAGGCGCGACGCUUUUUAUUGCCGUAUUGCGGAUUUUGUUUUGUUUCUCCUUUAGUGUUGCUGUAAUACAGGGGAAAAUUUUUCCCUAAAUCAUUUGAUCAUUGUUUCUAACUGUUUCAAUUUUGGCAUACAAUAAUUAUUUUGAUGAAGAAAUUGCCCUGUGCUGUAAUGCCAACUUCAUGUAAAUCAUUACCAGGACUUCUAUAAGAAUUCACUAGAUGUUGCCCACGAAAA